CAAUCACAUUUCUUCUUUCAUCUUCUUCGUACACAUUGCAUACAGUUCGAUUCUUCAAUUCGUGAAGGAAGUUUUUUGCAGAACAAUGGAGGAAAACAGAGAGGCGACUACAGAGACCAAAUUUCUCCCUAUUGAAGUCGAGAUUCUAUAUGAAUCGGAUCAGCUAUUUACAGAUCUUAAGAAGAUUGAACAGUACAUCCCACUUUCCUUAUUUAUGGAAAUUCUGGAAAUGAGACCCGAUGGAAAGUUUGAGAUUCUGAAAGUCAAGAACAAACUAGUAUUGCAACCUAAUGUCAAGGCCGGGGAAACGAUAGAUGUUGUCUACACUCGUUUCAGAAAACAUCGGGUAGUGCCAGAAGAUACGAAGAAAGCGGAUUGGAGAGUUUAUUACGGUCCCGUGAAAGAUCAAGGAAAACACGAAAUUUGUUGGACGGUCGUGGCGGCUGAAUUAGUAACUGCGAUCCGGUGGAUCAAGGGACGGGAAAACGGAACAGAAUAUUCCUAUCAAGAACUCGUGGAUUUUGUAUUUCCGGAGAAGGGAAAGUUGAACGGAAAAGAAGAUCAUUUCUGUUACAAGCUCAGCAUUGUAAAAGCCUUAAGGUAUAUAGUUCAACAUGGUAUUCAAAAAGCAGAAGACCGGCCUUUCGACGGGUGCAAAGAGUUUCCACCGCCCCGGGUUUUAUUGCAUCCCGACUUGGGGUAUAUUGGUGCCGUCAAGUCACUUACUUUAGAAGAAGCUCUCAUUCGUUUGCAAACACAGCCAAUAGGAGCGGCAAUGCCAAUAUUUCGACCGGACUAUGAUGAUAUCAAAGGGGGCAUUUAUAGUGGACCAAUGCCUCGAGAUUCCAUGUUUUGUGGCAUGCACGCGGUAUCAAUAACAGGAGCGGGAACUGAUGAUGAAACAGGGGAGAGUUUCAUGUACGUUAGGUCGAGUCACGGUGUGCGCUUGGGGAAAGACGGUUAUUUUCGGGUUUCGAUAGACGUCAUGCUUCUCCGAACAGGUGAAGGAUAUCAAGAGCAUGAGGCAAAUUAUUUCACAAACCCAACACCAUUACUUGUGAGAUUCUGUGUCCCGGAGCUCUUAGAAGAGGAUGAGGAGAAGAAAAUCAAGGAAAAAACAGCGGAAAAAAUAAGAAAGAUGGUUCAAAGGUGAGAAUACCAAAACAAACUACUAAUUGAUUCAUUUACGGAUUGUGAAUGGUUUUUAGCAUUGAUAUCUUUUUGUAUUUUUUCGUUGUAGUACGUACUGAAGGAGCCUCAAAAUACAAGACUUGUGAAUAA